AUGUUAAUAAUUGAAUCAUGGUUAGAUUCUCAUUCAUGGAAAAUAAAUAAACGAGAUUUAAAAAAAUUUUCAAAUUAUAAAAAUAUUGUUGAACGACAACAAAAUCAAUUAGAGGAAAAUGAAAUAAAAACUAUUGUAUCAAAAUGUAUUCAUGAUGAGCUUGAUGAAAAAAUUUAUAAUCUGGAUUUAAGUAUUCAAUUGUCGAAAAAUAUUUCAAAAAAUAUUCGUCAAGAACUUUCUGAUAAAUAUAAAUUUUAUAAAAUUAUUAUUCAAACAUUUAUUGGUAAAAUAUCAAAUGAAAAAAUUCAAAAUUUAGAUUCUCAUUCUUAUAAAUUAUAUGCUUCAUAUCAUUUUGAUCAAAGAACUGAUAAGUGUCUUUCAAUUAUUCAAAAUAAUGGACAAAUGUAA